UCCUGGACACGAUGGUGCGUGGAAUGAUAGUCAGCUACAAGAAAUGGCCCAGCUGAGGAUUAAACACCAGGAAGAGCUGACAGAACUGCACAAGAAACGUGGGGAGUUAGCUCAGUUGGUGAUUGACCUGAAUAACCAAAUGCAGCAGAAGGACAGGGAGAUGCAGAUGAAUGAAGCAAAAAUUGCAGAGUGUUUACAGACCAUCUCUAACCUGGAGACGGAGUGCCUGGACCUGCGCACCAAACUGCAGGACCUGGAGCUAGCCAACCAGACUCUGAAGGAUGAGUAUGAUGCCCUGCAGAUUACUUUUACUGCUCUAGAGGAGAAACUAAGGAAAACUACUGAGGAGAACCAAGAGCUGGUCACCAGGUGGAUGGCUGAGAAGGCCCAGGAAGCCAAUCGUCUCAAUGCCGAAAACGAGAAGGACUCCAGGAGGCGCCAGGCACGGCUGCAGAAGGAACUUGCAGAAGCAGCAAAGGAACCUCUGCCUGUUGAGCAGGAUGAUGACAUUGAAGUCAUUGUGGAUGAGACUUCAGAUCACACUGAAGAGACCUCUCCUGUGCGAGCUGUCAGCAGAGCAGCUACUAAGCGACUCUCGCAGCCUGCUGGAGGCCUUCUGGAUUCUAUCACUAAUAUCUUUGGGAGACGCUCUGUCUCUUCCAUCCCAGUCCCUCAGGACAAUGUGGACACUCAUCCUGCUUCCGGUAAAGAUGUGAGAGUCCCAACCACUGCCUUGUGUGUCUUCGAUGCACAUGAUGGGGAAGUCAACGCAGUGCAGUUCAGUCCAGGCUCCCGGUUACUGGCCACCGGAGGCAUGGACCGGAGGGUUAAACUUUGGGAAGUAUUCGGAGAUAAAUGUGAAUUCAAGAGUUCCCUGGCUGGCAGUAAUGCAGGAAUUACAAGCAUUGAAUUUGAUAGUGCUGGAGCUUACCUCUUAGCAGCUUCAAAUGAUUUUGCAAGCAGAAUCUGGACUGUGGAUGAUUACCGAUUAAGGCACACACUCACAGGCCACAGUGGGAAAGUGCUCUCUGCCAAGUUCCUGCUGGACAACGCUCGGAUAGUCUCAGGAAGUCACGACCGGACCCUCAAGCUCUGGGAUCUACGCAGCAAAGUCUGCAUAAAGACAGUGUUUGCAGGAUCCAGCUGCAAUGACAUUGUUUGCACCGAGCAAUGUGUAAUGAGUGGACAUUUUGACAAGAAAAUUCGUUUCUGGGAUAUACGGUCAGAGUGUGUGGUCCGAGAGAUGGAACUGUUGGGAAAGAUCACUGCUCUGGACUUAAACCCCGAGAGAACUGAGCUCCUGAGCUGCUCUCGUGAUGACCUGCUGAAAGUCAUUGACCUCCGGACAAAUGCCAUCAAGCAGACAUUCAGUGCACCUGGGUUCAAAUGUGGCUCUGACUGGACCCGAGUUGUCUUCAGCCCUGAUGGCAGUUACGUGGCAGCAGGCUCAGCCGAGGGUUCUCUUUAUGUCUGGAGUGUGCUCACAGGGAAAGUGGAGAAGGUUCUUUCCAAACAGCACAGCUCCUCCAUAAAUGCGGUGGCGUGGGCCCCCUCGGGCAUGCAUGUUGUCAGUGUCGACAAAGGAAGCAAAGCUGUGUUGUGGACACAACCUUGAUGCAUCCCCUCAGGAGCAGCAUGGGACCCCCACAGCCCUGUCUUGGAGGGUGAUGUGUCCUCCCAGAGAAGAGCUGGAGCCAUGUGGUGCCGUGGCUUUCCUGAGAACUUUGACUUAAGGUCUCUGAGAUCUAGAAGAAGCAACACUGAAUCAUAUUGACUCUGCAAGUGCCUAGCAGAGGUUUGGAUUCUUGUCUGCAUUUGAGUGGGAAACACUACUAACUGACCUUCCAUACCUCAUGGGGAGCACAGGGUCCCUGCUGGCUCUCCCCACUGGACACAGUGCCAAGGACAACCCCACACACUGGGUAUUGGGUCUCCUGUGGCUUUCUUGUCUUUCCAAAGUCUGUUUUGGCCUGAUGCACACUCCCUUUCUGGGGUCAUUUACCCAAGGGAGUCACUGUAGGCAUUGGGUCAGUGGAAACCAAAUGCAGGGCCUGUCCUCAUGUGACAAAGGAUGGGUGGAGCUGGUUUCAGGGCUGGGGGUUUGGACUGGUCUCGUUGCUGAAACCUGCAUCUGCAGCUGGCCUUCAGAACUGGCUCCCUUCCUGCCAGCAUUUCCCCAUAGCUUUGUGUGUGUGUGUGAGUGGCGGGGAGUGCUCGGAAAGGGCUUGUGCCAACCUUUCCCUGUUGGGUAGAUUAACAGCCUCACCACAGCACAGCAUCUGGCUGAGUGCUUACCUGGGCAUUCUUGCCGAAGCCUGGAGUGGUGUGUUCAGCCACUGUGCCUACAGUGACCUUAGGGUUCUGUCCAAGAAGCCUAUCUAGGAACUGGUUAUGAGGAAGGCUGGGAAAGCAUUGUCUAUUCUGCUCACCUGUGCACAUGGUCUGAACUCUGUGUCUGGGUGGCUGAAGCACUAUGUGUUUGUCACAUUUACUUUGCACUUUAUUUUUUGCCGCCACACUGGUUCUCUGGACAGUAGGGACACAAGCGCUAGAGUUAGGGAAGAGGGUCAACGGUUUUUCCUCUGACAUCUUCCUCUGCUUGCAACUCACCUGUUGGUUUGCUGCCAGAGAGCUUGUGUUGAUGGGAGUUGAAAUUCGCUGGCCAGGGCACAUCUUUUAUUUAUUUAAUUAUGUGUCCCAACAGAACUUGAUUGUAAAUAAUAAUAAAAAAAUGUGUUAUAUACUUUUCAAA